CGAUGAAUGGGAUUUACCUCGUGAAAUAACUCUUGCAGCGUCAAUGCACUUGUCAAAAGAACUGUCAAUUUUGAAAACAGCGGCGACUAAAGAAAAAAAAGAGAAUUCUACCCCGCAAUAUUUAUCGGACUCGUGA